AUGUUGUUUGAAAAUCGCCGUUUGUUACUUUUCAUAAUUCCAAUAUGUAUUGCUAUUGCAAUAUAUCCAAUACCAUUUGAUGGUAAACAAAUCAUAUCACUUGAUGCUCCUUUAAUAACUACUUUUGAUGUUCUUGUUAAUCAUAUUUGGAAAUUCCAUCCUUUUAUUAUUCAUACAAAAGAAUUAAAAAAAAUCAAUUCUACUUGUUCAUAUUAUGAAAUAACAGAUCGUAUUCCAUUUAUUUCAUCAUUAGAAAUAAAUAUUCCAUCAACAUAUUAUGUACAAAUGAAUAUUGAUCGAGAAAAUAAUUGUUUAACAAGUAUUGUUCAUACACAAUUGAAUAUAAUGCAUGCAUAUCAUCAAUAUUGUAUGCAUAAAAAUACAUUAAAACCAACAACAACAAUAAUAACAGAUCAAGUUUAUGAUUUUAUUAUUAUAUUAACAAAAAUUCGUAUUAAAAUGAAUAAAUACAAUAGAAAAACAAAAAUAAUAAAAUUUGAUUUAUAUAAAGUACUUGAUGAAGAAGAUUAUGAAUCAUUCUCAUCUAUACAAUCAAAUCGAUUUCAUAUCUACAAAGAUAUUCAAUCAACCAUCGAAUAUUCAAAAAUACAAUAUUAA